CUUUUUCCAUAACCUUAAUAAUUUGAUGGAAAUUGCAAUCUAUUUAGCACUAAUACUUUGAAGCGUUCAAAUGGUUAAUUAGAUGGUUAAUUAUAUUUAAUUGGGCUUAUAUAUGUAAAAUAAAUUGGGCCAAAAUUACAGGAUAUAUUAUUGCCCAAUUUAUUAUAUUUAAUAAAUAAAUAAAAACAACAAUUUUAAAAUAUAUCAAUUAUUUAUUAUAUUUUAUGCAUUAUGUAUUAUACAUAUAAUCGUAUCGUUUAAUCAAUCGAAAUAGAUAUCAGUAUUUGUAAUACAGAAAUGGUAUUUUUUAAAAAUCUUACAAAAAUAUAUAUUACGAAUCUGAUAUCGAUUAUUUGCAAUUAAUAUUCUAUUUCAAACUUUUGUUUUUCUUUACGAUCUAUUUAAAAGCCAAACAUAGAAGACAACAAACUCAAUAAAAUAAUAGAUUUUAUAAAUAAUGUAUUAGCUAAUUACUUCAGUCUAUCAGAUAUGAAAAACGGUAUGUUACUUUGAAAUAUUUAAGUCUAAUACAAUUAAUAUAUUAAAAUAAUUAAAAUAUAAAAAUUGAGAAAAAAAGCUAUAACUAGGCAAACCUAAAUAUAACUGUUUUGGAGCAAACAUAUAAUUCAAACUAAGUCCUAUACGAGCUGUAACCGGGCAAACCUAACUGUGAGUCUUGGGGAAAAAGUUGUAAAUUUAAAUCAGGCCCAAUUCAGGCAAGCCCAAGUUCAAAUAUCCUAAAUAGGUCCUGAAUAGGCUCUGAAUAGGUUUCAGUCCGAAAAGCCUUUAUUUUGGAUGCCUAAGUAACGCCCGUAUGGGGCCAAUAUUAAAUAGGGCAUGCCUAGAUGAAUUUCCACACGGGUAAUAUCUUCUUUCAACUUACAUAAUGUGUCAAUGUACUAUAAAUUCAUCAUUUGCUUAGGAAAAUCUAUGGUAAUAUAUAGAAUAUGUAAAACCAAAUCCACCAUAGUUUCGCUUACGCACGCAGGAAAUUAACGAAUGAAAGAGCCAUGCAAAACCGCAAAUCAAACAGCUGAAAGUAUAAUAGCGUUGCAUUAGAGAAGAGAAUCAGUGAUCGGUGCGGGCUUAAUGCACAAUUAAGUAUGCUAUAACUAAACUCAUAUCAAUUAUGAAUCUCUUUGGUUUUUUGUGUCAAAUAAGCAGAAUUGUAAAAGCUUUUUUUAUGAUCUUAUUCAAUAUUGUACACUGCGCUAAUUUAUAGUUAUUUUUUAAUAAAAAAUUGAAACAUACUUGAAAUAUGUAUUAAUAUGUACAAAACUCUAUUCUUAAAAAACCUUACACUUUUUAAAUAAAAAAUUUACAAACAUAGUAUAAAAAUUUGACUUCUAGAUUAGAAUUCUCCUUUAACGGACCAAAAAGCCAUGCAAAACCGCGAAUUAGACAGCUGAAAGAAUAAUAGCGUUGCAUUAGAGAGCGGAAUUAAUGAUCGGUGUGGGCUUAAUGUGCGAUUAAUGAUCACCGGGUGUUGAACGCGAUUUUUCGUCACGACAAUACUCGCUGUCUUUUUCCACCAUCAUAUGUUGUAUAUGUCGAAAUAAUAGUUGAAACCUCAAUCACUCGCGAGUCACGAAAUUGGUAAAGGGGUGGCUUCGAAGGGUAAAAGGAGACAGAGUUUGAUUUACCGGUCUUGAUUGCAGCGGCACGAGUCGUCAACAAAGAAAAUAAUAAUAUAGCGGAAAUGGAAAAUAAUGUCCGGUGGCGCAAGUGAUAUAUAACGGAAAGAGGUACAUUCGUGCGUAAUCCGUUAACGAUCACAGCGUCUAACCAUCUGUUGUAAGUAUGUACUCUAUUGCAAUAUACUCAUAAAUUAUGUAAAAAAAUCGCUUUAUUUUCUCUCAUAUUUUGUUUAUUGUAUUUCAUAUUUUUUGUAUUUUUAUUAAAAAAAAAAAAUAAAAAUUUGUUCCUAAGAUUUACAAAAUCUUAGGAACUCCUUUUUUAUCUCCUUUCAACCACUGUGCAAUAACUUUUACACUUUCGUUUCAAAUGAAUGAUGUAUAGACAUUGUCGGAUACAAAUAUAAUAUAUUUGCUUUAAGCCCGAAGCUAUAAGCCCGUAGAAAUUAAAUGGCUGGAAUCAAGCGUUCUUGAUAAUUUAUCAAAUAUAAAUAAAUCGCAAUUAUUUAAUUAAAGCAUUGAUUCUUGGUCACUGUACUUGUAAAUUAAAAAAUAUAUAUAUAAAAUAAAUAUUAUAAAAAUUUCUAAAAAAUAUGCUAGCAAGUGUGUGUGUGUGUGUGUUUGUGUGAAUAGUACAUUGUGUGAUAAGCGCGGAAGGUAGUAUGAAUGCAGAGAGUGGACGCACGAGCUGAAGGUAAGUGCGUUUACCCAUACGAAUGGGAAAAAAUCAAACCGUAUGUGUUUUUUAUUAUUGAAAAAUUUUAAAGAGAGAAAAGUGGAAAUUUUUAUAAAUUUUUGUUUGAGGCUAAUUACGACACCUAAAAUACGGCGUAUUGAUUAGGAGGAAAAAAUAGGAUUGAAGAUACUUUUAUCACACCAUCUGGCCAAAACGGAUUGAUUGAUAAGAUUUGACAGAUAAAUCAAUACUAUUAAUGAUAGGGAUAUAUUCAUUGUCUAUAUUAACCCUUGCUGCACGGAUCGACCGAGCGUAUUCCUUCUGAUUGCGAGAAACAAGAUGGACUGAAAUUCUCUUAUAUAUAUGUUGUACAGUGUGUUGUGUACAGUUACUUUUUUCUUUUACAUUUUAGAUAUUAAAUGCAGUUAUUGCAAUUAAUCUAUAUUAAUUAUAUGGUAGAUACGGUAAAAUAGUAGUGCGUAUGUGUUAAUUGAAAAUCUUAAAUCGAAAAUCGGAAAUAAAAUAUGAAGCGAUCAUCUACGUAUUUGGCAUUAUUAAUCGGGAUAGUGAUUUUCUUAGUUGGAAUUGAAAUAUUAUUGAUCUACAUUGCGUGCACAACCGAGGCAAAUCAAAAUAAUACAUUUAAGUAUCAAGUACUAAAUAAGACGGGGACCAGAGCUCCUACAAAUCCAACGACGAGUGUAACAACUACAGCAUCGAAAACUCCUACGGAAAAAACAACAGAAUCGAGCUCAACGACAACCUUGUCUAUAAAAUCGUCUGUCACAAACGUUCCGUCAGUUGUGACAAAUGCAACGAUUGCACCUGAAACAAUAACACAAGAAUCGAUAACACCGAUACCUUCUACAUCAAAGACUUCUUCGUUAAGUACUGAAACAAACGAAACCACUACAAUGUCUUCAACGACGUCGAUCGCUACAACGCCUUCGAUUACUUCAACGACACUCGCGACUAACUCAAUUACGACGGCUGCAUCUGAAACAACUGUAACCAAGAAAUCGUCAACUUCGUCAAUUACUACGACACCACCUCCGACGUUGUCUUCUUCAACUCUUUCAUCGACGCGUCAAACAAAAUGUACAACAAUAAGUUCGGACUCUACUGAUACGUACCCUUCGAGAAUUACAAUUCCUAAAUUUAAUUAUCAUCUUAAAGAUAAUAAGACAGGAGUGACGUGCGUUCUAGCUAACAUGACGAUUGGCAUAUAUUUACCACAGUUGAAGUUUGCAGUUCCGACAAAUGCAACACUAACGGGUAGUUGCAAUAAAAAACCAGUCGAUUUGACUUUGAGUUGGAAAGAUACAGACAAAAAUCCAAUAAACAGCAAUAAGGAGAAUAAAAUUACUUUUAAUUACGAUCACAGUAAUGACACAUUCUUCCUUAAUUCCAUUUUUGUCGAAGUAUUUAUAAAUGGGAAAUCAAGGAGAGGAGACACAAUGGACAGGCGUCUGAGAUUAUUCUCUGCUGCUUUAAAAAAUGGAAUAUUUAUAUGUAAAACAAACACUACAAUAAAUGUCGAGAAAGGGAUCAACGUUGUUAUUUCCGAUAUUUAUUUAAUUGUGCUUGACGAAUGUUUCAAUAAUUGCACAAGAAUAGCAACCACUUGCAAUAUCGAGACAGGCAUUAAGAUUAUGGCGAUCGCUGGUAUAAUAAUUGUUGGUCUCGUUCUCUUUAUAAUACUCUUUGUCUUGUAUCUAAUGUGGCACGUGAAAAAAGAAUCAGUUUCAAAAGAUACCAAAAGCUUGUAAGACAUUAUUUUUAUAUAAUAUAACGAGAUAAUAGUUUCAAGGAGAUGAUACAAAUCGUUUUUAAAUAUGUCGAUGGCAUUGUAAAAUGGAAAUACAUUGAAUUAUAUGUCGCGUGAAUCUUUUAUACGUGAGUUGGUUAUUUGAGAAGUACUUCAAAUAGUAGAUCUUUAUCCAGACAUCCAUGAAACAUAUAAUGUUUUUAUAACAUUCUAUGGACAUUUUACGGAUAGCGUAUGCUAUUUAGUAAAAAAGUAAAAAAGAUUUACGUUUGGAGAACUGAAAAGAACUUUUUAGUUUCUAUAACUAUAUUACAAAUAGUUAAAAUAAUAAAAAAAGCCUUAUUAUCAUACAUUAAGUGAAUGAAACAUAUCACUUUUGAAAUAUAUUACAUACUUUUGAAACAUUACUAAAAUUCAAUGUUAUAAAUUUUUUUGCUGUAAUAUGUAUUUUUGAAAAAUAAAAUUAAAUAUUUCUUAGAGUAUAUAAUCUAUUAUUUUAUAAAGUUUUUAGAAGAAUUCGUCAUUACAUUUACAGAAUUCCCUAAUUAAAAAAACUAUUUUAUAUGAAAGUGUUCAUUUUCUUCAGAAGCAUAAAUCAAUUUUUUUUUUAAUUUGCUAAGGUAUAUAACUUCUUAAUUUUAAUAAAAGUUGACUUAUAAGAUUUUUGAAAUGACCGAUUCAUAGAGACUAUAAUACAUAAAUUAUAAUACAAGUAUAAUAACAAAUAGAGACUAUUAAAGAGAAUCAUUUGCUACUUUUAUUAAAAAAUAAACUUUUUUAUUAAAGUUCUAUUGAUGCUGUCAUUAUUUAUACACUACGUCUUUAUCCUCGUUUUCUUUCCAUUCUAUUUCGUAUGUUUCCUGAUAAUAAUCGCCUGGUAUUAUAGAUUGAACUGACGAUUCAUUGAUUCAUGAGAGACGUGCUAAUAAAGAUUGCGUAUGGUGCUGGGAAACACAGCGUUCUUUAAUUAGCUAGGCUAAACAAAUAGUUUGGGGUUUUGAUCGCCCCUGUAUCCGUCACGGUUACGCCCACCCCAAUUACCUUGUUACUUGAUAAACUGUAACAUUUAUGACGCCAUCUGCGCAAUCGUGUGAACGUUGAUCAGCCGCAGGGUAUAUUUUGUAGGGUAUGCAUUCCUCGUGAUCCCGUUGAUUUCGAUUCAAGUGAUUCUGGAAGCGAAAUCGGGAUGCGAUAUUGGGAUGCGAUAUCGUCUACGUAAAACGUUGCGUGUUACGAAUUUAUAUAGCAAACGUUCAACGUAUUCUUGUAAUGGCAAAAAUUAUUGUCACCAACGAUGUACUCGACGACCAGAAGGAGAUCGUAUUUCAUACUAAUUCCAGUAAAAAAAAUAUCAAACGCUACAGACACACCCUUCAUUUAGCACCUGGAUAUCAUAUCGCUCGCACCAGAUGCCACAGAGAAAUUUAUCCGUAUUAAUUGGUUGGUUGGAAUGUCCACUAUUAUGUGAAACAUAGGGGAGGCAUCAUUUCUAUUAUCGUGAGAACUGUGGAAACUAUUAGCAGCAAUUUGUUCCAAAUCGGCCCGAUAUACAUAUAUAACUUAAAUAAUUACUUGUAUAAUAUAUUACUUGUAUAAAAAUAAUGUAUUAUUAUGUUAUUAUAUGUAACAUAUUAAAGUAAUAGCGUUUAUAGUGAACAAAAAAGAGAGAAAUCAAUCAUUAUUUAUGUGAUAAAAUACAGAAUAUUUUUCCUUCAAAAUUUUAUUUUUGCAGCUGAUACUUUCUGAUAUCAAUUACUUUGUUCUUUUCAUCAUAUUCCAAAUUUGUUGGGAGAGAUACCUGAAUAUCUUAGAAGAUGCGUCAGCUGUUCGGGUACCUUCCUUUUAAAAUUUAAAGAUCUUGUAAAGCCUAUUAUUCCUCGCUUCUCGUUUGAAUUGAACCUCUUCGAUGACGUCGCCGCGGAGAAUAAGCUGUAAAAAGUGUCACUUGUUUCGCAGAGAUUUAUAGAAAAAUGGAAUAUUCGGAGACUUUUUAACGAAAUAAUAAGAAUAGCCUUUGUAAUGUAAUGAUUACACAUUGUAUGAAAUAUUUUGUUGUCUUCCAGAUCGCUAUGUUAUAUAAAAAUGCUUAUUGCGUUCAUGGAAUACAAUAACAUUCAUGGUAAUCUAAAAAGAAAAUUCCUGGUAAAAUUUUUUAUAUAAAAACAUAUAUAGAAAUUUACAAAAUAUAUUUACACAUGUUUUCGUUCUUUUUUAUGAUUUCCGUUUGAAUAUACAGGAAAAAUAAUAAGAAGAAACAGCAGAAUACAUUUUACAAAUAAUUAAUGAUUUAAUGAUUAUUACAUAUACCAUUAAUCCUAAAUCAAUGUGAGAAUAAUGCGGGUAUAUGAUAAACGUUGUUUGCCCCCGAUCUCCAAAUCGAUCUUAUUUCCUAUAUGUAAUCUGACUAGGCAUUCUAAAAUCAAUAAAUCUCAAGGGUCUAAAGGACCAGGCACGCGUGCCAGAAGGACCAGCCACGCGCUUCUCUUCUUUCUGAAAAAUAAUCUAUGUUCGACCGACAGAGCGACCAGUCUUCCAAAACUCCAACGAUUUUUAUUAAUAUAAAAAGCGUGCGCUCAUCACUUUCAAAAUUGGUCUGAAGUAAAAAAAAUCUUGAAAUUGCUGUGUAAAAUUACCACGUGCCUGUCCUUUUUUAUCUAUAAUGUAUAAUAAGUAAGGAAGAAGAAAGAAGCUCAUUAAAUUUGUUUCAAUUCUCGUGAUGCAUCACAAUAAAACAAAUUUUUAAUGAUCUCUCGUUACACAAAAACUUUCCUAUAUAUUCAGUAUUUUUAUUUAUUUUACUUCUCCCAUUCAUAUAACCCACUAUCAUUAGGUGGCUAGUUGAACCUUUAAUUUGUAAAAAAAAAUUCAGCAUACGACAAGUAUUAAGAGUUUGAACCACUGGUUCAUUAUGGAUACAUAGGCUAACAGCUUACGUAGUGAACUAUGAUUCUAUGUAGUGAACUAUGACUAAAUUCUCUGGAUUCAACAUUUUUCAUUAUGCAUGCUAAUGCACCUUCACAUUCUUUGAUUAAAAAAAUGAUGUAUUAUUAUAUUUGAGAAUAGAGAUCUCGAUUCUAUUUUUUCGUUUUGCAAAACAAUUAAUUGCACUUUCCAGUUAAACUAUUAUAAGGCAUAAUUUUUUUUAAAUUUAUAAAAAUUUGUUAAACUGAAAUAACAUUUCUCUUUGUGUAGUGCUAAAAUAUUAUGUCCGACAAAUGGAAGAGACGUUGCGACACAUAUAAAUUUUAAACAUAGUCUAAUGUGUUCUCACAAACGUUUCCCUUUUUUUAAUUUCUUCCGUUGCGCGAGAACAGACACCUGUCACGGUUCAGUCGUUGUCACGCAGAGCGUGUAGUUUUUAUGCAAUUGUCUCGGACAAGUCAAUCUGCCCAUCCCACGAGCAAAGAUAAAAGAAGAAGAAAUAGGAACGAAGAACAGAUACACCAACCGGAGGUUCCGGAGUUGCUAAGGCUCCCCCCCCCCUCUCUCUCUCUCUCUCUCUCUCUCUCUCUCUCUCUCUCUCUCUUCCUCAAAAAGUUGCGGAGGCCACAAGACGUCUUGGAAGUAUGAGGGCGCAGAUGGGAUUGUGUUUAAUGAAGUUUGGCCCGAGUUGCACCUGCCACUUUCGAAGCAUCUCGGACCAACGGCCGUUACAUCGCCUCGAGCACUCGUCAAGAAAUUGGCGGGAACCGCGUUCCCAGGAGUCUGUGAGACUGCUAUCUGUGACAACGGCUAUUUUGAGUUUCCCUUUUUUCCGUUCGAGGCCUAUCGUUAAAGUGCACCCGCGUUGUAAUUGCUACAAGCGAACAGAACGUGGUAACGACGUUGUCUUCUCAAGUUUACAAUCAAAAAACUUUGUGAGACUGAAGACGAGCGUCUUUUAUAGGCUGCGUUUUACAACAAGUACAAAGAACUUUAAUUAUUAAUCUCUUGGAAAGUUAUCUUUUUGAAGUCUAACAGAGUAUUAAUGUCUACUUAAUUUUGUUCAUUUCCAUAUUACAAAAAAAUAUGUAAUAAGAAUUUCUUUAAAAUAUUUUUAAAUAAAAUUCCGUUUCACUGUUCAACUUGACCAACAUUUGGUUUCUGAAUAUACAUAUUUUAAACUAUAUCAAACAGCUUUAUAAUUAAUGAAUCGGUAAAAGCUGUAAAACUGUCUAGAAGAUCGUAUUACCCACACGACAAGAUGGUUCCUCGUUGCAUCAACCACCAGUUUUUUUCUCACUCGAACGGACAUGUCCUUCCUGUUCCUGCAUCGACUAUAGAAAUACGAGAACUUAGUUACGUCAAAAUGAUGAGAAGAACAGCGAUCUUUCGUGACAACUAAUUAAUUAUACUCGACAUCUGGUGCGCAUUGAAACGUUAAGUCCUCGUUAAAUGAAUCUUUUGGUUUUUCAAAAUUAUCUUUUCUUUAAAAAAUAAAUAAUUAAAGUAAUUAAAGAAGGUUAAUAACUAAUCAUGAGUAAUAAUAAUGUAUAUUGUUCAGAAUAUAAUAAUAAUCUUUAAAGUAUAAACGCAAAUACACAUACAUACACCUCAUUAUCGCUUGUUAUUAAUCAUUAACUUUUCAUGACUAUUUUUAUUUUUGGAAAGCAAACUAAUCAUCGUUUUUAUUAUAUUUCAAUCGUAUAAAAUAAUUGAAACGUAUAGCACAUAAAAAUACAAGAAUACAAAUCGUGAAUUACUAUUCUGUUAUUAUGUUUUAGUACUUAUUUGCGAACAAAAGUUCUCUUCGAAUCUCUUCGUUUAUCUUAUGACACAAAAAUUUUAAUUUUUAAAAAUGAUAGUAAUGAUAGAACGUGAAAAAUGCAUUUUGCUUCUAUUUGCAAUUUAAUUACUUUCAACAUCUGACUAUCCUGCCUACACUUCCUGAUAGAUUUUUUUCAUUUAUAAAUUUAAACUCGUCAUCAAUCUGUCUUUCAGAUUGACUAGUCAAAACUUCAUGAAAAUAAAUUAGAAUCUCGUCAAACUUUUUGCAACCCAAA